UAAAAAAAUUAUUAAUGUUAAAAUCAAAUAUAUAUGUAUAAAUUUUGUUUCAAUAUUUUUUUCAACUAAUUGCCCUGUAAAACUAAGAUAUUAAUGCACAUCACCGAAUAUAAAUAUUAAUGCGUUAAAUGUAUCAACGUUUAUUAAACUAGAUUGUAUCAUUGACACUAGCGAAGGAAGACUAGUGUGAUUGUGUGCUGCUCGUCGCUGUCAACUACAAAUACAUUUAACUGUAGCGGAAUGCAGUAUUGUAAUCAUCUAAAUACUUAAAAAAAGUUAAGCGAUGCAGAAUGUAUUUGCCCGGGACAUGUUUUCAAUGGGCUCAUUUGAUGGCAGCGUCAAAUGUAAUGGACAUGUCCAGUUAUCUGGUCGUACAUCAAAAAAAGACCGCAAAGGGUGUAAAAAAGAAAAAAUUGAGACUGUAUUAAAAAACCGUUUGAUUAGCUCACCCAAGUCAAAAAAUACAUUACCUAAAGUACCUAAAAUAACAUUAAAAACCAAAAAUUUAGUAAAAACUAUAGAGUUUGAUGACAAUAGUGCUGUUGAUCAAGUAAUGAAAAAGCAAAAUGUCAAGGAAUCCUCCAUUUAUAAUGACCUCUUUCUUUAUAAUACACCUCCAACACCACCUUCUUUCAAUGUGCCUGAAACUAUUGAAGAUCGGUUGGCUGAACAAUCACAAAAAAAGAUUCCAGUCAAAAAAAGGAACAAGAGUAAAAAUGAAAAAAUUGGUUCAAAUGUUUGCAAAAAAUCUGAAAAAUUUGAUCCUUGUAUAAAUGAUAAAAACCAAUUAAGUUGUAAUGUAAUAACAAUUCCUCCCAAAAGGAAGUAUGCUAAAAUGACAAAUUGGCAAAAAGAUUGUGGUACUCACCAUGAGACCUUACAAAGGAUACAAAAAGAAUGUGUAAAAGAAGCUAAACUAAGAGAAGACCUUUACCCAUUAGAUUUAGUAUCAUCUGACACCGAAGAAAAUGAUAACCCAUUAAAUUUAGAAUUAGAAGAUACUCCUUAUCAGAGAUUCUGGAUGCCUGCUGUACGAACAGCUUCAUCUGAUCGCGAUGCCAAAGUGAAAAAUCUUCGAUCAAUACUCAGGAGAAGAUUUCAUCAACUAUCAAAUCUACCUGAUAAUUCACCUUCACCGGAUUUGGUAUUUGCAAUGACUAAUGCUAUACGACAUGAUCCUGCUUAUGUUACCAAAUAUAUUUGCUCAGAUUCUGGUUCCAAAAUUAAAACAAAACGAACCAAUGGAGUAACUAUGAAACAACAAAAAUGUUGUUUGGAGAGAUGUCACAAUUCCGCUAUACCUUGUACGCGCCAUUGUUUCAAACAUAUAUUACGUAAUGUUGAUCAACUACUUUUUGAACAUUGUUCUGCUCGAACAAAUCAAGGCCCAUGUACUAAUACAGUAUUUAAUAUACGCAAUGUACAACCAUUAUGUUUUGAGCAUUUAUAUUCAAAAAUUUCAGUACAAACUGAAGAAACACCUUCAAUCAAACCUAAACCUCGAAAAAGACCUAAAAAUACACCAUUUAAUAAGUUAUCUAAAAGAAGUAAAAAGAAAAAACAGCCACCUAAAUAUCCUCUUGAAACUCCUACCCCUCCCCCUCCUUAUACUGGUACAAUAGAGUCUAACUCCACUAUUGAACCAAUAACUUGUACUAAUGAGUUGACACAAAAUGUUGGUUGUGACGUUGCAUCACUCUACACAUCCGUUGCUAAUCCUGAUAUGUAUCUCCAUCCAGUAGGAAGUAACAUUAUUGCUAAUGAAGAAGUUGGUGAUGAAGUUCUUGCUGGCUUAGAUGCUGCUGAAUUAAGCCAUGCAUCACGUUUAUUAGAUGACCAUGAUGAUAUAACCAGUGUUUUUAGCCAAAUACCUGUAGAUGCUUUCAACGAUCUCUUUACUGUUGAUAAAAAUGGACAGUAUGUACCUUCUCGCGAAGAAACAGAGGAACUAGAACGAGCACUAGAGGCUGUUGAUAUGGAUGUUCGAUCAUUAGAGCGAUUAUCACAAUCUCAUAUGGCUAACAUAUUGGAUCCAGCAUCAUUGUUAGCUGAUUUACCAAUAUCACCUUUUACUAGUUCAUAGCAAAGUAACAAGAAUAAUUAUAACGUAAAGGUAAAGUAUUUGAAACAGGUGCACAGAUAGUGAGAAGAUAAUAUUUUAAGUUAUAAUAAAUCAAGCAUAAAGAAAAAAAGUAUUUAUUCACUUAUAAGCAACCAGUUUUACAUAACUGAGUGCAAUGUCAUUAAAAAAUGGUUUGGUUAAGCAAUAUUAAGUUGUACCAUAUAGUACUUGGCUAGUAUGGCUUGUCAUAGUAUAGGUUAAAGUGUUAUUUGUUAAUUUAUUAAUUUUUACUCAGAUGGUAUUCAUAUUUAUUGUAUAAAUUUAUAAUUAGAAUUUUGAUAACGUGUGUUAAUACAAUGUGGAUAUUUGAUACAUUGUAAAUACGGAAUAUAAAAGUUAAAAUAUUAACUACUCUUGAAGACUCAAUUAAAAAAAAAUUAUGUUAUCCUAUUUUCUAUGGAAUAGUUAUAUUUUCACAAUAUAUUCUCUAUUUGAUAACACUAACAGUUAACAAAUAUUAAUAUCUAUGUAUGUAUAAUAAAUAUGUAUUAUUCUUAGUUGGGUAUACACAUUCCUUUAUAACAUCUUCAUGUAAACUUUUUUAUAAUAUCUAACAUCAUUUAUUACUCAUAUAUAAUUAUUUAUAAUAUGUAACUUCCACGAUCUUGUAUAUAUUAUAAAGUGGUACCUUUUUGCAUUUUAUUUUUCCUUCUUGUAUGUUUUUUUGUACAAUUGUGAACAAAAAUUUAACUAGUAGACUAUAACAAUGUUUUAUUUGUAUUAUGUGUAUGUACAAUAAAAAAUAAUUAAAAUAAAUUGAUUGUAAUUUGCUUUUUUUCUGUUUAUUUUAUGUAAAUGCUCUGGAUUAAAAUUCAAAUUUAUAAAUCCUUUAAAUAUUUGUAGACAACUGAAAAAUCUUUAUCGCCCAAUGCUUUUGAUGACAGAGCAUUAUACAUCUCUACUGUCUUGUCAGUUAAUGGUAUUGGUACAUGUGAAUUAUUUGCUAGAGUUUUCCCUAGGUUCAUGUCUUUUAAUAGUAAAUCAGCUUUAAACCCAUUCU